GUCGCACCAAAGUGCGGCAGGCAUGCUGAUGACUACUCCUGUUGUUGUUGCUGCCGUUGUUCAGCGUCUAUGUAGGCUGAUAUAACUUGAUGCUGAAGGAUGUGGUUACAUUUCCACCUCUUUUCAUCAUAAGCGCAGGAUUACACUGCAAGGACAUCGGUUCCGUCGCAGCCCACACAUUGAUAAGAGGCAAAGAAAUCAUGGGAAGAGGAUAAGAACUCCAGUUACAAUCAAGAUGCAGCACACCUCGUGCACAGAGGACCGGAUCCAGCAUGCUCUGGAGAGAUGCCUGGAUGGACUCCGGCCAUCAGAAAACCUGACACAAUCCUGGAACGCUGGCUGGUGUAUGAACCGCUGGAGUCUAGAAGAGCUGGUUAAGAGGGACCCAGAAAAUUUUCUCAUUCUGCUGCAGCAAAUUCUCAGAAAAGCCAGAGAAGUUCAGCAGGAGUGUCAUUAUGAGCUUGUGGCCCCCUUGGCUCUCAUGUUUGAGUCCACACUUCUGCAGAUGCCUCUUUGUCCAUCUGAUGGAGAGAUUCUGACAGAAGCUUGUGAAGUGUUUCAUGACUUUCUAGCAUGGCCUGAACCCUACUGUAGUGUGUGCCGUAACCUGCUCUCCACUUUACAUCAAGAGCUUAGAGCUCCAGGGAUUUCGUACCACAGGCUGGUAAGAGAGGAACAAGGCCUUGCCACCUCCAGUCAGCGUUCUAAGAUCACUACGGUGUUGUUGAUGAACCCGGCUGAGGUGCCUGCUGAGGUCCUGUCUGUGGCCGAGCAGCUCAGUGGAGCGGAGGUCUCACAGAGAGAGAGUAGCAUUACACUCAUUAAACACAGCUACCAGGCAGUGCUCGGAACUAAAUACCCACUACAGACCAUCAGCGAUGCUCUACAGUGCCUUAGUGAUGAUGAGUUGGCACAGAUCCUGUCCUCAGUGAGUGACCUUCUAGAGUCUGCAGCAGCCAUAACGGAUAUAGCUAAAGCUCGAGAACAUGUCAAGGGUGGUCUGGAGGCGCUGCGAGAAAAACUUGGCAUACCAGCCUCCAACGGCAAGGCUUCAGAUGGGGUUCUUCAGACGCUCGGCAUUCCAGCAGCCAAGUGCUACACCUUCCAUUGGUACAAGGAUAAUUUUGAAACAUUGGUAUUAAUUUGUCAACAGGAUCUCAGUGUGAACGGGAUGGAGGACAGCACUAAUGACAUAGCCAAUCUCCUGGGAAUGCUGGAUCCCUGGUAUGAGCGUAACACUCUGAGCCUGCUGGAGCUUCCGGUUAAUGUGGUGUGCCAGCAGACAUCCAAGAUUGAUUCAGACUUGUCUGAAGGUGCUGGUGAGGGGCGUUUACCGAUAUUUGCUGACCUGGUGCUCUAUUACUGUCGUCACGCCGCCCGCCCUGCCCUCAUUCAGCUCUAUCAAGCAGAGUUGACACUAGCUGGAGGAGAGAGACGGACUGAAGUGUUUGUUCACUCUCUGGAGCUCGGACACACAGCUGGUACAAGAGCCAUCAAGGCCAUGGGUGCUGCAAGUAAGCGAUUUGGCAUUGAUGGAGACCGUGAAGCUGUUCCUUUAUCACUUGAAGUUACUUACAACCAAAUACAUAUCAGUGGCAGAAGUCAGAAGACGAGGACAGAGAAGUCCUGCACCUCUAUAAACCUGCUAAAAGCCUGCAGGAAUCUUGAGGAACUAGAUUCUAAAAUGGAGUGCCUUCAUUUGACAAUGACAGAAGUGCUGAAGAGACAAAACUCUAAAUCAAAGAAAGGCUACAAUCAGCAACUGACCACCACACAGGUAAAGGUGGAUAAGGUUCAGGUUAGUGGAACUUGCAACACCAACUUCGCAGUUUGUCUGGACCAAGAUGAGAAGAAAAUUUUACAGAGUGUGACCAGGUGUGAGGUAUCAGUUUGCUAUAAGCCGGAUAGUUCGACUGACUGGACGAAAGGAAGGGUGUUCUCAUCUCAGACCCAGCCUCUGCAGUCAACCUUCUGCUCUCUGCUUUGUCUCCCUGUUGCCACUUUCAGUGGACCUCAGCCCUGAACCCAGAGACUAGGCUUGACCCUAAGACUCCAGCCUAAUAGACGUCCAUCUACAUAGUUUUCCACUUCCACUUUUAAACUCAGCAUAUCGACUCGCAAAAAAAAAGCUAAGAUACACUUUUGGAUAAAAGUGCUCCUUUAUUACGUUUGUGAGCAGUAUGUGUACAGUGGGCGUUGUUUGCUUCAAAUUUCUGAGAUGAGGAUAACUGGUUGUUUAGCCUGAGGUACAUCCUGCUGAAUAUAAUUCAGUGGACAAGCUGAGACAAUUUUUGUAGGCUUAUGACUAACAUCUAAAUCAGGUUAUGAAUCAAAACCUGAGUCAUCCAUAAUUUAAGGUUUAGUACUUUGAGAGGGAUGUUAUUACCGGAUUGAUUUGGAACUGGGCUUGUCUUGGCUUUUAUACAACCAGCGUGGAUCUCUAACUAGAACCAGAAUACUCUUGUUAAUGCACAUAUUAACCACCAUUUAAAUAAGCACUGUGGACAAUGUAAUAAUAUGUUUGUAUAUAUGACGUAAUUAUUUUAUGUAGCUAUAAUUGAAAUUCUCAGGAAAUAUACUGUAUAUAUUCCUUUACAAUCUUUAAUUUUUUAUUGUUUAUUUAAACUCAUUUCUGUCUGGCCAGAGAAUUGAGGAAGUGGUGCCUCAAAUUUUAGUUCUUAAAAAUCUAAUAUAUCCAGUGAUUAUUUUUUGUAUAUAUUUGUAUAUCCUCUCUGAGGUUUAAUUUUUUCUGCGUUGUGAUUUGAAACCUGUCUGCUUUGAAUACCUCUUAUUGUAGUUUGGUCGGUUUGCCAGCAGAGGUCCUUAUAAACCAAUUGUUGAGUUUUAUCUUGUGACUGCUGGAGGCUGAACAUUGGUGAAUAAGCACCUACAUACUGGCAGAGAAAAAACCGAUACAGUUUAGUCAUUACACUGUAAUACUGGCACAGUCUGCAAGUGCAACAAACUGAAUCCUUUCUUUCUUU